ACGACUUGACAGUUUAUAAACUUAGUAGGACUCGUGGCGUUGUUCCGUGCGCCCGCGCAUAAUAAAGUCAGUGUUUUUUUUUUACAUACUUAAGUGUUUGGUUUUUUGUGACAAGAGCUUUUGGAAGCUAUAAUGAAGUUGCUUCUGUUAUGCGCGUUCGCGCUCGUCGCGUGCGCAUAUGCGCGUACAGCCACGCGCGCUCCCGCUGUCACUGCGCACAUCACAUCCUUGACUGAUAAGGAUGCCAGACAGAAAGCGAUGACACAUCCCGCCUUCGCCAAUGCGGGUAGGCAGGCUGGCAUUGAAGUGUGGAGGAUUGAGAAUUUCGAGCCCGUCCCAGUGGCACAGAAGGACUUCGGAAAAUUCUAUAAAGGCGAUUCCUACAUUGUUCUAAAGACGACAUCAGACAAGCGUAACAACUUGUCAUGGGACAUCCACUACUGGAUAGGCAGCGAGUCCACCCAGGACGAGUCUGGUGCGGCGGCCAUUUUGACCGUGGGGCUCGAUGACAAGUUCAACGGAGCAGCCGUGCAGCACCGACAGACUAUGGGUUACGAGAGCUCCGAUUUCACAGCGCUGUUUCCCCCAGCAAUUCGCUACCUAGACGGAGGGCAUGCAUCAGGAUUCAACCACGUGACCACAAACGCAGGCGCCGCCAAGAGACUGUUCCAGAUCAAAGGGAAGAGGAACGUUAGGGUCAGACAGGUGGACCCGGUGAUCUCGUCAAUGAACAAAGGCGACGUGUUCAUCUUGGACGUGGACCACGACAUCUACGUGUACGUGGGUGAGAAGGCGAAGAACGUGGAGAGGCUGAAGGCCAUAUCGGUGGCCAACCAGGUCCGAGACCAGGACCACAACGGCAGGGGUCGCGUUGAGAUCAUCGAUCAAUACUCAAGUGAAGUUGAUGUCCAGAGGUUCUUCACGGCUCUGGGGUCCGGGUCGAGGCAGCUGGUGCCUGAUGAGAGCGCUGGAGGAGAUGACCAGCAAUUCGAACGCAGCGAGGAGCAGGCAGUGGUCCUCUCGGAAGUGUCAGACAGCAGUGGUACUCUUAAGGUCACGCCGCUCUCCAAGCCAUACAAACAGGAGCAACUCAAGCCACAGGAAGUCUACAUCCUGGACACGGUGAGUGGCAGCAUCUACGUGUGGGUCGGGAAGCAGUCCACAGAGCGGGAGAAGUCGGAGGCCAUGUCCAAAGCCCAGCAGUAUCUGGCAGCCAAGAAGUACCCGUCGUGGGUGCAUGUGUCAAGGGUGCCUCAGGGGGCGGAGCCCGCGGUGUUCAAGCAGUACUUCUCCACCUGGAGGGACGUUGGGAUGUCGCAUUCUAGACUCGUCAGGUCUGUUAACGGAGACGCGUCUUCAAUGAGUUCCUAUGAACCCUCCUGGACCGGGUACUCCCGUCAGGUUCAGCCUCGUCUAUACGAGGUGUCCCUCAACGCUAACAACUUAAGGUUCACAUUGCUUCCGGAGAUUCGGCAGAGCGAGUUGCAGUCAGAUGAGGCCUACGUGCUGGACACGGGUCGUCAGGUGUUCGUCUGGCUUGGAGACGAAGCCCCGCAGCACCUCAUCAAAUCUGCCACCAUCAUUGCCAAUGCAUACGCAGGGACCCACCCCGCCGAUAACAUUAACAUGUAUGUGACCAAACAAGGACUAGAACCUACUGACUUCACACUUAUGUUCGAUCAAUGGGACCCUGAUAUGUGGAAGAAAAUAAGGGAUUACGAAGCCGACAGAGAGAGGGAGUUAAGAGACAAUGAAAUCGACGUCGACAAAUAAAAAUAAUAUUGUUAACUGUUAUUAAAAGCACAGUAAUAAAAAAGUACCUAUAAAUUGCAUAAAUGUAAUUUUGUAACUGAACAAGGAAUAAAAUAAUAAAUAAACAAAUACUCGAAAACAUUA